AUGUGGUCAGUAUCCCAGCUUCUAGUAGGCAGUGAGUGGAUGAUGUGGUCAGUAUCCCUGCUUCUACUCAACUUUGUUGUGGCACAGCUGACUGGUCUGUUGUUGGGCUUCGGGUUAAGGUUUUUCUUACCCCACAGUCUGGGCAGACCAGCAUGGCGACUGCUGUACUGUCUGUUGUCUGGACUUUACCUGCUGUGGUUCAUGAUUGGCUGGUCUACAUGGCUGGUUCUGUUUCAAGUCUUUGUUUGCUAUGCACUGUUGAAGUACUUUCCUCAAAAUCACAUGCAGGUGGCUGUAUUCUGCUUUGCUCUAGGCUACAUGUUGACUUUGUAUGUGCUGCGGCUGCUGGAGAACUUUGAACACCUUUGCUAUGAUCCAACAUAUCCACUAAUGAUCACCACCCAGAAGCUGACAUCGCUAGCCUUCAGUAUCAGUGACUGGCGACUGCUGCACAAACAUGGCAAACAACUGGACCAGGAGCGACAGAAAUGGGCGGUCAGGCAGAUGCCCAGUUUGCUGGAGUACUUUUCUUUUGUGCUGAGUUUCCAGGGGAUCCUGGCAGGACCCUUCUGUCACUACAACACCUUCAGGGCUUUCAUUGAAGGCAACACACAAGAGAGGCUACAGGUGCCCAGUGGCUGUCUUAGUUAUACCUGUAAUCAUAGCUUAGUUGUACCUGUAGUCAGCUAUUAUGUGAUACUGUCAGGUCAGUUAUUUUUUUAUACUGUCAGGUCAGUUAUUAUGUGUACUGUCAGGUCAGUUAUUAUGUGUACUUUAUUAUGUGUACUGUCAGUUCAGUUAUUAUGUGUACUGUCAGGUCAGUUAUUAUGUGUACUGUCAGGUCAGUUAUUAUGCCUAUCGAUGUGCUUCCCAGCUGAUGCCAUCUACAAUGCUUCUGGUAUGGGCUACGCAGGCAAAGAUGAACAUGGCAGACAUCAGUGGACAGAAAUGUCAAAUGUCUUUGUCUUCAAGAUAGAAACGGCCACGAGUCCCAAGGUGUACAUGGACAACUGGAACAUUCUGACCACACACUGGCUGAGAUAUGUGUGCUACACCCGGGCUCCCUACUGGAACACACUACUCACCUUCAUGCUCAGUGCUGCCUGGCAUGGCUUAUUUAUUGGAUACUAUGUCACAUUUGUUUCUGCAGCAUUCACAGUGCAGGCAGCUCGACGGUUUCGUGCCAAUGUGCGGCCGUUGUUCCAGUCAUCCCCAGCCUCCAGGCUUCUCUAUGACAUCUUCACGUUUGUGGCCACCCAGCUGAGCAUAUCCUUCCUGGUUCUGUCCUUUGUGGUACUCAAGUGGGAGCCCACAGUCCGUUUCCACAGCUCUUUCUACUGGUGUCUACACGUGAUCACAGCUGUCAUAUUGAUUGUCUUACCCUCAAAAAAGUCUCCACGAGCACCUCUUAAACAGGAGGAGAAUCAUCACAACAAGCAUCAAGAUCAACAAAACCAUCAUCAGAAACAUCACCUGUCAGAGAAACAGAGCCGAGAACAACAGCAGGAUCAAAUGGAUGGAAGAGAGAAAGAGGUGUAUGAUAUAGCUAAAGAUGGAGAUGGCAGGGUGAGACAACGAGAGGUGAUGUUUGUUCAGAAAUCCUAA